GUGCGAGAGGAAUGUGUCGACUUUGAGGAGUUUUAAAAAAUCGCCAUCAAUGAUGCAAAUCCAGAGACUUUUAAUGACAACCAUCCGUAAAAUGUCUUCCAACAAAGAACCGCUGAGCAAUUUUGCAAACUUUGGAAAGAAGAUAGUUUGUAUUGGCAGAAAUUAUGCAGAGCAUGCAGCAGAGUUGGGUAAUAAGGUUCCUACCAAGCCUUUGAUCUUCUUAAAACCAACAUCAGCAUACCUUCAACAGGGGCAAGGUAACAUCAAGCUACCUCCAAAUUGUACAGAGAUACACCAUGAAGUAGAGCUUGGUGUCGUGAUCGGCAAAUCAGGUAGCAAUAUCCCAGAAUCCUCUGCCAUGGAGCAUGUUGGUGGGUACACCCUCGCCCUGGACAUGACUGAAAGGAAACUACAAAGUGACCUCAAGUCUAAAGGUCAUCCAUGGAGCCUUGCCAAAGGUUUCGAUACUUCCUGUCCAGUUGGUGGUUUCCUAGACUCUUCAGAGAUCAGUAAUGUUGAUGAUGUUAGGCUGUGGUUAAAGGUCAAUGGAGAAAUGAAACAGGAUGGGAAUACUCAAGACAUGAUAUUCCGUGUACCAACCUUACUGAGUUUUAUCAGUCAGUACAUGAAGCUAGAGGUCGGUGACCUCGUAUUGACCGGGACUCCCUCUGGUGUCGGACCAGUUACAAGCAAGGAUGUUAUUGUCGCAGGAAUUAAUGAUGAUUUAUUACAGAUUGAGUUUGCUGUAGAAUGAUCAAAGUUCUUAGUAGACUUCAAUCAUUUAGUAAUUGACAAUUUGUAUGCAAGAUUUGGUCACAAAUCAUAGUUUGGACCCAUAUCAGUUUGUUAUUGCAAAUUCAGAAGUGCCCUUAACUAUUUGUUUUAUCGUCUUUUUAGGUAUCAGGUAUUUUGUAAGCUGUGCAAAUUGUUAUUCAUGUUAUUAAAAAUGCAAAUAUCAGUUCUAAGCUCACUGUGUUUUGAGAAGAAAAAAAUCCUAUGUAAUCACAACCCACCUGACACAUGGCAUCAUGUAAGUUAGGCUGUGGAGAAGCAUAAUAAAGCUUAUUUUGAAACUGAGUGUUUCACAAGCAAAAUACUAGUCUGCAAAUGAUUGAUGUUUGAAACUUAAAUUGUUGUGCUUUGUAGCUAGCAAAAUUUCCAUUCGUCAAUUUUACUUUUAGCUCCGUCUGGGCCUUUAAAGUAUAUUUACAUGAUGAAAAUACAACUAUGGAGCUAUUAUUCUUUUCCAUUGCGUUUUGUAUGAAAUUAUACCCCUCUUAUUGUUUUUUUUUUUAGUAGCAUUAUGUUCUUAAUUAUUAGGAUUAUUUGAAUUUACUCACACAUCGGGCCUUUGUAUUUAAGUUGCAUAUUUUCUGAUCAUCUUUAUAUUUGUAUGUCUAAUUAAUUUUCAUAUUUUCACUUUCAUAUUUUUUGUUCUUUUCCCAAGAUAUCUUGUAUAUUCUUAUUUCUUUGAUUUUGUUUUCUUAGCGCUCUGAAACUUUCGUAAAAAGUGCUUUAUAAAUUCUGUAUAUUAUUAUUACCGGUAUUGAAUAUGCUUCUAUGAAUACGUUAAAUUUGUUAUGCAUAUAUGCGUGAAUAUAUCUCUUCAUUCCUUGAAGACAAGUCUACUCAUUUAGACGGUUCAACAUGAAAAACAACAAACAAAUGAACCAAGGAAGAAUUAUUGAUGUUUUGUAUUUUAUAUUUUAUUACUACAUGUGUAUGUAUAUAAUACAUAAUUAAUUCACAAACAACUUCAUUUAUGAAUCAUAUCAAAACAAGGACAACUGUAAAAUUGGAAACUUUAUAAUUUGUUCAGUGUAUUGAGUACCAAAGUGAUGAUGUCACAAAACCUUUUUUUUUGCAUUUUAGUGAGUUAAUACUAUAUCUCUGCAGAGCAUGAUUGAAAAAAAAAAAACAUCCACAACUCAAAUUUGGUGGAAAUCAGCCCAGAGGAGCCAAAGAUGUGGCCAUGUGAAAUACCCACUCAGCCCCAUUGAAUUCAAUGUAAAAGAAUUAUCCUGGUCCCAAUUAGUUAUGAACCAGGCAAAUUUACUCUUCUUCAGUGGGUCUUAUUAGGUAUUCAUUAAGCUAUAAAUUUUGCCCCAAUUAACUGCUUCAUUUCAAAUUUGAAGGGUGGAGGUUUUUCAUCAUGUUUUACCGGAAUUAGAUGGUCAUGAAAAUGCUGAAAUGCAGAAAUUGAGAACAUCCCAUUUUGGUACUCUAUAGUAUAUUGUUGUAACUUGCAAUUUGAAUACUGAUGAAAUACUGUUACAAAAGUUAUUUGUAAAAAAUAUAUUUAUGAACUUCAAUAUCUAAAACAGACUGAUCCUUUAUUUUUUUUUCUGAACAUAAUCUUAAUUAUUGCAUUACAAAUUUUACAGAGCACAUAGAAUUAGCAAUCUCUGAUAAUGGUAAUGUCUCCUCUGGCAUUUCAAACAAAGUCCAUCCAAACAUUGAGAUGAUAUUAAUUAAUAAAAUAAAGUAAAACAAAUACAGAAGAUAACAUUUCCUUGAAAAUAAGAUUGAGGACAAGAAAGUUAAUACAUUUUAACGACUUUCCUAAGUUUGGGUACACUCCCCCCCCC